AUGCAAAAGAUUACUUAUGCUUCGGUUGUUGGAAGUCUUAUGUAUGCUCAAGUAUGUACGCGUCCAGAUUUGGUGUACAUAGCGGAUAUGUUGGGAAGAUACUUAAGUGGCCCCAACAUGGAUCAUUACAAAUCAGCCAAACAGGUUAUGAGGUACUUACAGAGAACAAAUGAUUUCAUGCUCACCUAUCGAAAGUCAGAAAAUUUUGAGAUAAUUGGGUAUUCUGACUCAGAUCUUGCAAGUUGCCAAGAUUCUAAAAGAUUCACUUCUAGUGAUGUAUACAUGUUGUCAAGAGGAGCUAUAUCCUGGAGAAGUGCUAAGUAG